AUGGCAACCGCAUCACCAACACCCCGGACCCCGGGUCGGACUCAGCCUUCCGAAGAAGUCCCUCCUGUCGUCACCGACACCAAAGAUCAACGCAGAACCUCGUCGCUAGGUUUCCUCCGUCGCUCUAAGUCCAUAGAAAUCCUAGGUGAAAGGAGGUCAUCUGGCAGCAAAAACGGCAAGAAGAUGCCAAAGCCUCAGCCAACAGAGGACGACGCUCGCCGUCAGCGCGAAUCCAUGAUGUUUCAGCAACCACCCCGUCUUCCAGACCUCUCCCCGGCUCCGGUUCUUGAGACCUUUGGCGGCGAUGAGCGCCAGGACACUGUUGCUGCUCUCUCGAGACAGCCCGCCCCAUCUCAACAAGCCGUGCCCCGCAGCACGAUAAGCACGCCUGUUGCCCCAGAGCCCAACGACCCCUAUUCACGAGCAGAGAGUAUGACACACCGCGGGCGUUAUAGUUACGCGAGCAGUGCGGUCAGUACCGUCAACAACCCCCGUCGGCUGCGUCGGCGCAAGGACCCAACCCCAUACAAUGUGCUUGUUAUUGGCGCCAGUAACUCAGGCAAGACCUCAUUCCUCAAUUUCCUCAAGAGUUCUCUGGAAUUGCCGCCGCACAAGCACCCCUCUCGCCUCCCAGAGGAAGUUGUACACCAAGCUCGUCAAUCUCCCGCCAACGAAGGCUAUACCUCCCACUAUCUGGAAACAGAGAUCGAUGGUGAGCGGGUGGGUCUGACAUUGUGGGACUCCCAAGGACUGGAAAAGAAUAUCGUCGACAUCCAAUUACGCGGCGUGACGGGUUUCCUGGAGAGCAAAUUCGAGGAAACUCUGAGCGAGGAAAUGAAGGUUGUCCGCUCACCCGGAGCCCGAGACACUCAUAUCCAUUGCACUUUCUUGAUUCUGGACCCAGUGCGCUUGGAUCAGAACAUAGCGGCUGCCGAGCGGGCUGCACAGGGGACUCCGAGACCAACUGACACACCCGUCAUUGGAGUCCUCGACGAGCGCCUUGAUGUACAGGUUUUGCGGACCAUUGUAGGAAAGACCACCGUCGUCCCGGUCAUCAGCAAGGCCGAUACAAUCACCGCAGCCCACAUGGCCUAUCUAAGGAUGGCGGUCUGGGACAGCUUGAAGAAAGCCAAUAUCGAUCCUCUAGAGAUCCUUGCUUUAGAUGACCAAGAAGAUUACACGUCCUCCGAGAGCGACGAUGAGGACGAAGAGGCGCAAGGCCAAGAGGCGGACCAGCAGGAGGCCGGCGUCCCACGCUCGCCCUCCCAACGCAGUCAGAGCACGCGCAAGUCUUCUGCGUCCCAAGUUGCUGUCCAACACAUCCCUUUCACAACCCUAUCUCCGGACCCCCAUUCACUAAAAGCCGGCGACGAGCCCGUUGGACGCAAGUACCCGUGGGGCUUCGCUAAUCCAUAUGACCCCGAGCACUGCGAUUUCCUCAAACUCAAGGAGGCCGUCUUCACUGAGUGGCGGCCUGACCUUCGGGAAGCGAGCCGUGUGGUCUGGUACGAAAGGUGGAGAACUAGCCGGCUGAACCGUAAUGUUGCUACUGCUAGUGUUGCUCCCCAGAAGAAGCUAUUUACGGGUAGAACGGGUCCAGAUGUGCAGAGGGGCGGGUUGACUCACGGCCCAGCCGGUGGGAAUACCGGUGGAUAUUCGUUGCACACUGCCGCGCUGGGUGGGCCAGUGUUGUGCUCGCAAGGCUGCAGGCAGGAGAUUGCUCCUCAAUCCAUGUCACUCCACGUUGGCGACCCACGGUCGCGAGGCCGUUCCAAGUCUCCAAGCGGCCGUAUCCGCGAGCGUUCCAAAUCUCGCGACCCUCGCGUUCCCUCCGCCGCUGAAGCGACCGGCCAAAGUACUCAUAGGUACCUCGCCUCUGAGUUUGCGGAUGGGAAGCGACACUCUAGAUCCCGAAGCAGAGGCGCGAGUCCAGGGGGCCCUCAUCCAUCCAAUUUACGGUAUGGACCUACCGGUCCUGAGUUCCAAUCUGAUGGACGGGGACCCUACCUGCGAGCUGAACAUGGCCGCGAUUACUAUUACCAUUCCGAUUCGGGCGACAGCAAAGGAGCAAGACGCGAUAACAAGCAGUACCCCUCUUCACCUCACCGUCGAUCUGUGCACUACGACAGCUCUUCGGACCCCUCCUACUCAGAUUCGGACGAAGAUGGGCUGGCAUACGGUGAUCUUCCUGAAGACCCAGAGCGUAGCUUUUAUGGGUUUACAGGCAAUUCUCGUGCCCAAACUGCGGGUCGCGAUAGCGCCAUGAUGUCCGGGGCCCUGAACGGCCACGCAUCUGACAGUAAUAAGCCAUCGCGCUCUGCAGGUCCUCGGAAAGACGAAGUCACAGGUAGCCACCCCAGCUACGCGAAACCAGAGCCGUUCCAGUAUACGGCACAGACUCAGUUUGCUCACACCAGGCCCGGCUCGUCCCAGUACCCAGGUCAUCCUGCGUCAUCUGCUCAAUCCAACUGGGCGCCUAUCCCGGAAUGUGAGCAGCCGGGCUUUGUACCGCCGCAGUCGCAGGGGCAAGGCCAAACCAUGCCUGGGGCAUUUCCACUUCCUACCACCAGUCAUCCAGAUGUACCUGCGACAACCGCCGCAGCAGCCUUCUCCUCCACACGUUACGUGACGCCGGAGGGGCUGCAGAAUUCCUAUGCAUCGUGGAGUGGUCGCCCAGUUUCGAUGCCCGGUGGCAAUGCAUAUACUCCAGUGGCUUCAACCCAUCAGCGCACUGCUUCGAAUGACGCGGCCGCUAAAACACCAUACGCUGCCCCGCCUCAAUACCAAUAUGCACACAUUGAUCCCAAUGUCAAGUAUACUUCCAAGAGCGCAAAAGAGAGUCAACCCAAACCACUUUCACAUUCGGCAGCGCCGCAAUAUUCCACCAAGACUAAUGCUAGCCAAACGAAAGAGCCACAGUACGCUGAUGCCAAGUUUUCUGCUAAUCCCCAAUUCUCCAAGCCUUCAACGACCCGUUCGGACAGCGGACCUCAGUACGUCGAGAUCACGCCCGGGAACCGAGCCACAAGCCGUCCGCAUAGUCACUCCGUCUCUUCCGCCAACAACCUCUCGGUCGCUGGCCCUGACCCGAGCCAUCGGCCUGCCAGCCCCAUGCUAGAACCCUACAAAGGGACGUACCAGACUAUCUCUCCAAUGCCGUCACCUAUAGUCGUUGUUCCCAGACUGGAUGAUGAUAUAUCCGACAUGGAGCUUCUGGGAGAGGAGUCAGACGGGGGACUACGAGAGCACAGGCGAAAAAAAUCCAGGGAUGGGAAAGACCGCAAGGGACUGACUACCGACCGGGCGAAGAGGGAGAGCAGCCGCGUACGUUACGAGCAGCGGGGUUCCGCUGGGGAAGAGUCUCUCGUUGUGAUUACCCCCGGCAGCAGCCGCAAGCGUGUAACUUUCUACGAUGCGGAGCCGGACGCAAGGAUGCUUCAGGAAGCCCUGUCACACACACGUACCGACAACAAGGCUUUGAUUCGCGUGUUGCCGCAUUUAACCGGCGAGGAGGUCUUGGAGCUACGCAAGGAGUAUAAGAAGCACGUGAAGCUCCACGGGAAGGGUGUCAACAUAGCCAAGCAUAUCCGGCUAAAGCUGGCAAAUGGGGCGUUUGGCAAAGUGUGCUAUGCAACGGCGCUUGGCCGUUGGGAGUCGGAGGCGUUCUGGGCGAACUGCUAUUACCAGUCGAGCAACUCCCGGCGCGAACUUCUGAUCGAGUCUCUGUUCGGCCGCACCAACAGCGAGAUCCGCGAGAUCAAGGAGUGCUUCCGGGACUCCCGAUACCACAACAGCCUGGAGAAGUGUAUGAAGGCCGAGCUGAAUGCCGACAAGUUCCGCAUAGCGGUGCUCAUUGCCUUGGAAGAGAAUCGCCAGAGCGAGCGCGAUCCUAUCGACAUGCAUUUGGUGGAUCACGAUGUGGACGAGCUCCAUCGAGCUUUGGUCACGCCCCAUGGAGGCGAGACGGCGAUGAUUUGCAUCAUUGUCCGACGCAGCGAUUCGCACCUGCGGGAGGUGUUGCGUGCCUACGAGAAGAUGUAUGGCCACAAUUUUGCCAAGGCCAUGAUAGGCAAGUCUCAAAACCUCGUGGGCGAGACCCUCGCACACAUCCUCAACGGGGCCAUCAACCGGCCCAUGCGGGAUGCUCUGCUACUGCACCAAGCCCUUCGCGAGUCUCGGACGGGCAAGGAGCGGUCGGAGCUCCUGAUCUCGCGUCUGGUCCGGCUCCACUGGGAGCCGCGACACCUGGAGCGGGUGAAGAGCGACUUCCGGCGGCGCUACGGCCAGCGACUGGAAGAUGCGAUUGCGGAAGAGGUCCUGACCAGCAGUGGAGGCAGCGACUGGGGGGAAUUCUGCAUUGAGCUGGCCCGGGGCUCAAAAGCCCUGGCCAGCCGCAGCUGA